AUGGCAAUUGGAGUUGAAACACCAAAGAAAUUAUUACGUAUAUUAUGCUUACAUGGUUAUAAACAAAAUGCAGUAGCAUUUCGUUCGAAAACAGCAGUCUUACGUAAAUCAUUAAAAGAUAUAGCAGAGUUUAUUUAUGUCGAUGCCCCUCAUAUGGUUGAUGAAUCAAAAGGAUCAUCAUCUUGGUGGAGAGCAUCAAAAGAUGGUAAAGAAUAUAGAGGUUGGGAACAAACUUUAGAUUAUCUUCGUAAUGUAUUUGAAACUCAAGGUCCAUUUGAUGGUGUAAUUGGAUUUAGUCAAGGUGCAGUAUUAGCUAGUUUAAUUUGUUCAAUUUCAUCAUUAAAUAAUGAUAAUUAUAAUUAUAAUGAAGAUAGUAAUAAUAGUUGUUUCCAAAUUAAAUUUGCAUUAUUAUUUAGUGGAUUCCAAAGUAGAGCAACAGCACAUCAAUCAUUAUAUCCACAAUCAUCACCACCACCAUCAUCAUCUGCCAUAUCAACAACACUAAAGAAUGGUGAAAACUCUGGAUGUGAAUGUUGUUCUGUUACCCAAUUCGAAAUGGAGCACACUACGACAACACCAUCUUCAUCAUCUUCAUCACAUCAACACCAACAACAACACUCACCACCAUCACCAACAUCACUAUCAUUAACAUCAUCAACCUCUACAACACCAACCACAUCAUUUUACCCAUUAGCAAAGAUUAAUACACCAUCACUUCAUGUUUGGGGUAAAGCAGAUGAGUUGGUUGCCGCAUCAAAUUGUGAAUCACUUUCACAUCAAUUUUCAAAUCCUGAAUGUUAUGUCCAUGAAUUUGGUCAUUUAAUUCCAACUUCAAAAACAGAUAUUCAAAUUUAUCAUAAUUUCCUUGCAAAAUUUUUAAAAGAUUGUGGCCUUGAAUGA